AUGAAGAUAGCCCACAAAGACCCAGAAGGGGUCGCCCAGAAGCGUUUGAUCGAUGCUGCCCUUGAAGCAGGCGUUAAGCGAUACGCUGCCAGCGAGUGGUCCAUCGGCAUGAAGCUCGAAGAAAUCAGAGAUGCCGUGCCUUGGUACACCAGUAAACUCGGCAUCCGCACGUAUCUACAAGAACUGAACCGGGAAGAGAAGGUAUUGCAGGUCCUGGAGUACACUUUGUUCCACCCCGGACUAUUCAUGAACUACCUUGGGUAUCCUCAUCAGACAACCAAGCACCUCACUCUCUUUCCAGUCAUUUUCGACUUUAAGGAUAUGCGCGCCAUUGCAAGUCGAAACCACCUACAGAGUAAAGUGACAUACACGGCUGUUGAGGACAUCGUGGCGGUAGUUGCUCGCGCGGUGGAGUACGAAGGCGAAUGGCCCACGGUGGGGGGUAUUGUGGGGAGUGAAGUCACAGUCGCGAAGCUCAUAGAGCUGGGAGAGCAAGUACGAGGGAAGCCGUGGACUAUCGAAUGGGUUGAGGAGGACGACCUUCAGGCAGGCGUCCUGAAAACAAACUGGUUGCCACCUUUGCCUGACCAAACCAUGGCUGAUUUCCCAAAGGACCAGCAUGAGGCGUUCAAGAGGGACGUUGUGAUAGGUACAUUGAUCGCGACCGCCCGAGGGGCAUGGACGGCGACAAAUGAGUGGAACCAGCUUCUGCCUGACUACAAGUUCAUAGGCCUGGAAUCAUUCCUUCAGAAAGUCUGGUCGCGUGAAUAG